UAAUGUAAUGCAGUAUUUUCAGUUAUAUCAAUUUGAUUGUUCAUCUUAAAAGUUAAAUUCCUUGAAAUUGCUUUUUGCUAUGUGUGGAUGAAAUUUUAGUUUUAGUUAUGAGAGAUGCUAGUAAAAAUCUUAUGUUUUUCUUAUGUCCUUCCAUUUUGGUAAUAUGUUAGAUUUAGAGCAUGUUUGUAUUGUUUAUGCUUAACAAUAAUUUAGCGAUAAUAUGGUGGUGUUAGUUGGUAGUUUCAUCACAAACUUUGCAUCUCUCUUUUUUCAAUGAAUUGCGAAUUUGCGUUUGCCUAGGUUGUAACUCUUUACUCUUCUUAAGGCUAAGAGUCCUUUGACAUGCAUACUUAUUGUCCACAAUCAAAUCUACUUAUUAGUUACUAUCCUAUGUUUUCAUCUUCUAUCCUAAUUAUCUGCCUAAAUCCUUGGUGGGAUUUACUGGGAAAUAGCUCCUGUUUUAGAAAAAACCAUUUGGCUGAAUGAAUGCUAUUAUCAAGCAUGCGUCGGUUUUACAUGCAAAAGAAAACUCUCCAGUAGCAUCGCCCUGGUGUCAUAUCUCGCUUGGCUAAACUCUGGGGAUCUUACUGCCCUAGACAGACAUGUUUUUUCAUCAUAAAUGCAAUAGCAAUUACAUGUAACUUAAGUGCCGCAUGAAAGCUAUAUGAGCACUCGAGUAUUUAAAUGAUAUUCGAACAUGUGAAUCUAUGCGUAAACAUCUUGUUUGCAUUUCAAGUUAGUUGACAAUCCAGAAUUAACUUUUAGCUAAUGGAGGAGCUAAGAUAUCUAGCAGGAUAUUUGUCCGUAACUGGAUUACAACCUAAACCUUCUUGAAAAGUACCUGUCCUUUGACGUGUAUAUACUCCUUGUUGGAUGAAUAAAGUUUAGACUAGGUUCAGCAUUGUUAGAAGGGAAUGAAACUAGAUAGUAGAUUUGUUUAGAACUUUUUCUUGUCUGCUUGUGCUCCUAACCACUUUCUUUAGAAGGUAAGAGAAGCUUGCAGUCUUAGUACUUUUUUCCUUCUUAUUUUGUAUAAGUUGGUCUGGGAUGAGCUUAAAUGGAGCGACAUGGUCAAUGAGGAUUGAUUAACCGACCCCAACUUGCUUGAGAUUGAGGAGUGACAUAAAGCUGUAGAUGUCUAGCACUAAUUCAGCCUUUGAAUACUCGGUCCUAGUGUUGAAUUUUCAAAAGCCAGCUGAUGGAGGAAACAUUUCCAUCAGCUUUAUGUGACUUUUUUACUGACUUACCUUGGAAGUAAUUUGAUUUUUUAUCACAAUCAUGGAUCCUUGACUUAUUUGAAAGCUGCUAUCUUAAAUCAGUUUGGAUUAGCAAUGCCUCCAAAUCCUAGGGUCGAUCGUGCUUUUCGUUCUAUGAAAGCUCUUGGUAUUUCUGGAGAGAAGGUGAAGCCAGUGUUGAAGAAUCUUUUAAGAUUGUAUAACAAAAACUGGGACCUUAUAGAAGCUGAGAACUAUAGGGUCCUUGCCGAUGCAAUAUUUGAUGAUGAUGAAGCAAAGGAUGCAGAAAUUAAAAAGUCAACUGAGGAUACCGAACUAGAGGCUCUGGUGCAAGAUGAGCCUGAACCACCUCUGAAAAGGCAGCGCUUAAAAAGUCAAUCAAGUCAACCAAAUGAGUCUCUUGAAUCUCAAUUGCCAAACCAGUCAGCUGCUGAUUUUGAUUCCCCUCAGUCCAUGGGCAAUGAAUCACAACCUGGAUCACACCCAUCACUUGAUAGAAACAAAGGAAAGCAGCCCAUGUUUGCCGAUUCAUUAGUACCACAGGAAGAGCUGCCUUCAUCUCAGCCUUCUGAGGCGGACAAGAGCCUUCCAGUUCCCAGGAGAGCUGGAUCUACUUCUGGUUCUGGCAUCCCAGUGUCACCUACGAAGAAUGCCAUUGCUAAUCACACUCUUAUCAAACCUAAGGAUGAGCCAAUCACUGAUGACCUGCCAAGUCUUGAAGUUCCUGUUGCCAUCAUCCGCCCAGGUUCAUCAAGUAAAGGGAAGUCUUCAGUUGCAAGCGGUUCAGAAGGUAGACAAGGUGAUAGUAACGCAUCAGCCACUGUAGUUGAAGCAGAUACAAAUGAUGGAAAUCCACCCAGUCCAGUUGUAGCUAAUGGCAAGCCUGAAACAACUACAGUUAAAUCUUCUUCCGCCCUGGAGAUGGCUUCCUCACAAUCUGGAGAGGUGAAAAUGAUCUUGACCUAUGGCUCGGUCCUUGGAAGAUCAGAUUUCCAGAUGCCUACUCUUGAUGCAGUGGUGAAGUUAAUGGACGAUAAAUGUCAGAAAGAGUACAAAGAGCUUGAUCCUAAUUUUUCCGUGAUGAAGGUCAUGACAGACAUUUGUCAGUGCUUCUUGGAGAUGAGCGGUGAAUCAACUAAUAAAUCAUCUGACGAGUGAACGAAAUAUGUCCUAUGGGAAGCAUGAAGAGGGAAGGAACGAGACGAGUUAACUUUGCAAAACUUACAUUGAGCUAACAACAUUUUGUGUUAAGCUCAAAAUUGAGCUUAAUAACAUCUUUCCUAGAAUUCUGCUGUUUCUCUUUUCUGUGUUCUUUUAUGUAUACAUUUGGUACUAGAAUUCGCUGUUUUCGACGUUAAGAAGUUCCCUUUUCAGGAAGGAGGAAAAUGUGUGAAUGUGUUGGUGAAGAACCUGUGUUCUUGAAAAUGAAGACAUAUUUCCUUCCUUUACAAA